UAUAAAUAACGCAAUGUUAAAAACAAUAAAUUUAUAAACAAGUAAAAUGUAAUGUUAUGAAUCAUGUAGGUGGGACUAGUGGGACGAAGAGAAACUAAAAGAAAGAGAAGAAGAGAAAAGAGUGAAAGAGCUAACAUAUGUGUAAGAGAGAUACACAACAGUUAGGUCAGUCGUUUUUUAUGAAGCUUCAUAGUGUUGUUAUAGCGUUGAAAGUGAUUUAGAGAGAGAAAGAGAAAGAGAGACGAAACAAAAAAAAGAUUUCAAUAAAGUUAGUAAAAGCUGAUAAUUCUGUACUCCUACGCGUCUACCUGAUGGUAGAACUCAUUGGACUGUAUGAACGUACUAAAAAACACGAUGUUUGGUUAACAUAAUGCCUGAAAUAUCACUCAAGUUGUUGGUUCAAGCCGAAAAAGGUGUGCUUUGGACACCAAUCGUAGCAUAUCGUUUAUGUAUUCGUUUGUGUAUAUAUCGACAUUUGUGCUAAUUUUCUACAUUAUUAAUUUUUUUAUUAUCAAAUUAUAAAAUUCCGGGAAUAAAGUUCCUGGCAGUUAGGAAUGCAAGAUAUACCUGGGAAAUCUUAACCCAGGCCAAGAACAUGGCAAGAUGUAUUGUAUAACACAACUCGAAAUGAGGAAUCUCUUGUGGAUAGGUUGGCUUUAUCAAAUCCUUCCUAAAGAAGUAUUGAGCUAUCCUAUCAAUUCAUCUAAUUCACCAAUCGUAAAUGAAUCACGACUGUGGUCAUCGGGAUUUGAGCUUCAAUAUGCUCUAGGUACUGUUCUUAUUAUUGUAAUGGUAUCUGCACUAUUAGGAUGUCUUUGUUGCAGGCGUACAAAAGGAUUUCAGGAUGCUAAAGGAAAUAAACAAAAGGAAUUUAAAGACGGAAGUAUAGCAGGAACUGACACAAUUGUUGAAAGAGAUUUGGAGUUGGAGAUUUCACGGCCUUCGUUAAAUCAACUACAAUUUGAACCACUAACAGUUGAAUGUUUUGUUCUGGAAUCAAAAACUGGACCAGGAACACCUAAACCUCCAGCAUCUUCACAUAUUAAUAGUUGUAAUCAAGAAAAUAAUCAAGAUUUUCCAUCACCCUGUGAAGAAUGGUUUUCACCAACACUUCAUGUACCUCGUGAACGUUUAAAGUAUCUUAGAGAAAUAGGUCGAGGAUGGUUUGGUAAGGUUGUAGAAGGAACACAAGACCUUAAUACAACAGAAGUAAUACCAAAAACAAAUGGCGUAGUUGUGAGAAUUCUCACUGAAGAAGCCUCAGCUAGUGAACGAGCUUGGUUUCUUGGUGAAGCUUUGCCAUACUUGAAAUUAGAUCAUCCCAACAUCCUAAAACUGCUUGGAGUAUGUUUAGAAACUGAUCCUUAUUUACUUUUAUUUGAAUCCUGUGCUGCUGGAGAUCUAAAAGCCUUCUUAAAAGCCAAUCGUUCUUCUAUGGAAACUUUAACUCGUGAAAAUAUACCAUCAAAAAUGGCUAUUGAUCUUGCAACAGGUUUAGAACAUAUGCAUCGUAAUGGUUUUUCUCACACAGAUCUUUCUGCGAGAAAUUGUUUAGUAACAUCAGAUUUAUUAGCUAAAUUGGGUGAUUAUGGUAUCGGUGUCGAAAAGUAUCCCAUGGAAUAUUAUGUUGUUGGUGAUCGAGCGCUUCCUAUUAGAUGGUCUGCACCUGAGAGUUUAGUUUGCACUGAUACUACCAUAGAAACACGUGCUAUUACUCCAAAAGCUAAUUUAUGGAGUUUUGCAAUUCUUCUUUGGGAAAUUGGUAGCUGGGGAGAAAGGCCUUAUGAUUAUUUUGGCGAUGAUCAAGUGAUAGAAAUGAUUCUUUCACGAACAUUUUACGAUCAUUUACCACUCAAAAAUUUACAAAAAUCGUCAGAACAUUUUUUAGAUGCCAUUAAAUCGUGUUGGAAACUAGAAGCUAAUGAUAGAGCUAAAUUACCUGACAUAAUUAGCAUUCUAAAGGGUAAACAGUCUGAUUUCGAUCAACGUUGGGAAAGUCUUCGACCUAAUAGUAAAGAGCCAAUGAGAAGUUUAAGCCUCAAAGAACUUAGAGAAAGUGCAGAUUCUGAGUUAUGGAAAGCUGAUGAAGUAAUGUUUAGUACACCUCAAGCAAGAUUCAAACUUGGUCCUGGUGAACCUGUUAAAAGUACAUAUAUCAAUAAAGCCACUGAUUUUACAAUGGAAUCAGGGUCAGAAACAGAAGAAGAAAGCUGGAGAGGUCGUGUAGAACGUGGUGCAUAUACAGAAAAAGUUAAACAAAAGUCUAAAUCAGUUGCCGAUCUCAUGAUAUUAGUUCACAUUGAUUCUGAUUCUGAAGCAGAGUGGUCUUUAGGCUCUCAAGCUAUUGAGAAACCAAAAAAGAGAAUAUCUUCCGGUAGUGUUGGAGAUCUAAGAACCACUGUGUUAACAGAUGAAUUUGAUGAAGCGUUAAAAAAAUUACGAAAUCCUUCUGAUGCUACAAAAAUUUUAAAAGAUUCUGCAGAAAAACCAGAAAACAUUACUAUAAAUAAUGAAAAUACGUUAGAAUGCACGUCAACUCCCAAAAAUGAUUCAAGUGCUGUUUCCAAUAAUUUUGUUGAUGUUGAGCUCUGGAAAAAUGCCUUAGAAUUCGAAUUAGAGCGUAAAAUAUCAAAAUUUGAUUUAGAAUCUAUUAAUUUUGACAAGCUUAUGGAUAUAGAUAAAUGUAAAUCAAGUUUAAUACAUAAUUUAGGAGUUCUUUCUGCACCAGGUACUCCCCAAUCACGUAUAGAAGAUUUUUCAGUUGAUAAUGAAGAUUUUUCAAAUAGUGAAGAAGUAGAAACAGAAAAAAGAAAACUUCCUGACGGUGAUGAAGAAGAAGACCGUAAACAUUUGUCAACGCCAGAUGAUGAAAGAAGUUCCGACAGUGGCUUCAGAGACAAAGAAUCAUGUGAAGAAGAGGAAAACCCAUGUGUUCAUUCUCUUAUGGGAUCAUUAUCUUAUAGUGUCUUCCCAACUACUCCAAUACCACUCUCAGAAUCAGUCGAAGAAGAACAGCUCAAGGUUCUUUUAGAGCUUGAUACUAUUCUUGAUGCUGAAGAUUGUAGAAGUUUAGAUGAAACUUUCAACCUAUCUUUAUCACCUAGUAAAAUAAACUUAGAAAUUAUGGAAAAUGAUAUAAAUAUGCAACCACUAAAUGUGCAAUUUGAACAACAUGAUGCAGAGGUUUCUGAAAUUGAAUUAGAGCAUGAAAAAAUGGAAGAAAAAAUAAAUUCUAAAUUAGUUGUAAAUUCAGUAAAAAUAGAAGAGAAAAAUAAAGGAAAUUUAAAAAAUGUUGCAUAUUUGGAUAAAUCCAAUAAUGAUAUAUCAACAGAACUGAAAAAAAAUGAAAAGGAUGAAGAGAAUGAUGAUGAAGACAGUUCUACAAUGAGUCUUCGUAGUGACAAUUCUUAUGUAUCUUUUAAUCUUGAUGAAGAAUUUGUCACGGCAAUAAGAAAUGAACUUCGAGAAAAACUACCACAUGCUCAAAUGUCAGUAGUUGAAUCUCAAGAAUUACGAGAUGGAGAAGAAUCUACUAUGAAUCUUUCAGAAAAUGAAACAAAAACUUGGGGAGAUGAUGAAGAAACAUCAGAAAAUGAAGGCAGUAAUAUUGAUAUUGCUAUUAGAUACAACUUCUAUGGAAUACCUUUAAGUCCAAUAUUAGAAGAACGUGAAAGUAAUUUAAAUUCCGAGUCACUGGGAGAUGCUUCAGUAGCGUCCAAAAUAUCAGGAUUCUCGGAGGAUGUUUUGGUUGUAGACAUGAGAACUAAUCAAGUAGUUAUGGUAGAAGGUACAACAGAAAAUCAUGAAGAUGAUCGUGAUACUUCCAACGGUGAUAUGACAGAAGAUGACAGUCUGGGUUUUGAAUCUCUUAAUGUAGUGAAUAAAUAUUCAGAAAUCCAGGGUAAAACAAUGGGUGCACCUAUGCCUAGUCCUGAAGAAGAAUCUAAAUGGCAGGCGCAAUUUCCAAUUCCUCUUCAACUACAAGAUGAUUUAAUGUCUGCUAGUUUUAGCACUCCACAAGAUUGGGACAGCCAAGACGAUGAUGAUGAUAUUGAAGAUGACGGAGAUGAUAGUUCUAGUUCUGAAGAAUUCGUCUGGAAGCGAUAUGAUGACAACUCUAUGAAUAAAAAUCAAGAUAGAAAUAGUCCAGUGUAUCAAACAUCAACUAUUGAAAAUUUUAAACAAAAAACGGAAGAAAAAAAUGAGAUAGAAGAAGAAAAUGAAGAUGAAAUAGACGAAGAAGGCGAAGACGAAGAAGAUGAAGAAGAAUUUACUCCUUCGGCUUGGGAUGCUAACUUAGCACCGCAUCGAUCAGCUUUAAGAUCACCGGAAAAAACUCUGAGAACCGGAAAAUUGUGUUUUCACUCUUGCUGUCAGGAUGAAUUGGAUCAAAAGAAAAAUGUAUGGUUCAAGAAACAAAGAUACCACUGUGUUUAUGAAUACCCAAAGGAAACUCCAGCAGUAGAUUGUCAAACUCAAUCUACAACUACUUGGGAACCGACAACUUACGCUGCUUGGGAGGAAAUGAUAGAGAAACCAAAUACAGACGUUUACACGGUAGAUUAUGAAGAAUCCAAUCAUAAUGACGAGGAGUUUUUUGUCAGUAGUGGAAAUAGACCGUUUCAGUUCCAAGUUGGAGAUGGAAGAUAUGUAAGUCAAUUUUUUCCCGGAGAAUCUGAGACACAAUCUCGUAAUGAUCAACCUGUAGAGAUGGUUAAUAUGAUGGAAAAGGGUAAUAAAAAUUUAAAGACUGAACCAAGUGAAAAUCCUCAGAGUCAACAACAGACACAGCUAGGAGAACUGAGACAUACUAGAAAUAGAUUAAAACUUGAUUUAUCAAAUAAGAAUAAUAACUCAACAUCUAUAAGUGCUUUGAAUGUGGAUAAAAAUGAGGAAGAAGAUCAGACAAAUGAUGAAAAUGAUUCGAAAACCGAAAAGACUGAAACUAGCACAGAAUCUCCAACCACAAAAGAUGAACUAUCAAUCGUUUCUAUUAUUCGAUCACCUAUGGAAUCUUUAAUCGAAAAUUUUAAUCAAGAAAAUGUAAAAUGUACAACAAAUGGAGAAAGUGAUGGAGAAAUUAGUGAGCUUGAAAUGUCUUUCAAUGAAGAAGAAAUUACAAAAUCAUCUCAUCGACCACUUUUUCUAAUGAAACAAGAUUCGUUAGAGCAGAAUAAUGAAGCCAUUGAUAAAUUAGAUGAAACAUCAACUUUUUUAAAAACAGAAUCGGAGACAAAUGAAAAAAUGAAGCAAAUUGAAACAUCAGAAAAAGAAGAAAAUAAUGCGUCAAUAGAGGACGAGCAAGUAAUAAAAUCGUCAGAAAUAGAUUGUAUGAUAAAAUCAAGUGAAGCGGAUGAUGAACAUUUGAAAAAGUCCGUCCGUGAGUCGACCUAAAGUUCAAGUAAAUACGGUCUUUUUUUUUUUAAAUAAAUUACAAAGUUUAUCGUAACAAUUAAUGAUAGUGAAAAAAAACGUUUUUAUGAAGUAAAUAAUAAAUAAAAUAAACAGCAAAUGAAUUCUAAAUAGAGAUCAAAUCUCUUAGUGGAGAGCUCAAUUGGCUUAAGUCCGUCCGAGUGUGCGAUAAUUUUCACAAACUUUUGUUUAUCUUUUUGUAAAUAAUUAGUAGGAAAAAUAAUGCAUAACCAGUGAUGAUCAUUGAUUCUUUUUCAAUCCAUCUGAAAGAAAGCAACUAAAAUUAAAGAGCAAUAUUUGGCCUUUAUUAAAUCGUUAUUAUUGUAAAUAAUUAUUAAUUUAUCAUAGACAAAUCAAGAAUUGUGCCUAUAUAAGUAAUAUUUAUAAUUUGUUUUUAAUUUACACUUAAACUAAUAAUCGUGUCCCAAACAAGUUUUGAGAAAAAAGUAUUUGUAUUUAAAUCUUUUAUUCAUUUAAAAAAAAAUGUGACCACUUUGUAGAAUUAACAGCUCUCUAAUUUUUGAAGUAUUAUGUAAAAAUAGAAUAAGAAAAUACUAAAAAAACAAAUAAGAAAAAAGACAUUAACAGAGAAAAAAGAGUAAACAGUAAUAAAAAAAGUAAUUAUCACGUAAGAAUUUUGUACUCUGUGAUAAUGAAAUUAUAAGAUAAUUUUGUUUCGAGUGAUGAUAAAAAUGUUUUAAACUUUAUGUUUUAUCUUUCGUUAGAUAAGUUCACCUUAUUAGAAACAGAAAAAAUUCAUUCGUCAAUAUAAUAACAAUAUAGUACAAUAAAUUUUUGCACAUUUUCAACAUUAAUAUUAAUAACAUAUUUCACUAUAUUUGUUUUUUUAUUAAUUAUUAAUUUAUAAUUUUAUUUUCAAAUGAUUAUUUGUUAUAUUUUUAUUAAUUUACAUUAAAAUUUCAUUAGAAGAACAGUGCAAUUAGGGGUGAAAGAAAAAAACCUUUCUAGGAAUUUUUUUACUUGUAAUGGAAAAAAGUGAGAAAAACGCACACGUUAAUGUGCAAGUAUACGUAGCAUUGAUCGUUGCUCGAGUAGAAAAAAAUACUCCAAGUAUAUCAAAAGACUCAAAAAAAGAUUUAGUAAUAAUUAAAAUAAUAUUUAAGUUAUGAAGUAUUGGUAUAUAUACAUAAUAUUUGGCUUUAUCUGACAAUUAUUUCUGUAUUUAAGAACACCGGAAGUACUAUCACUGACAGCAUUAUUAUAGUAUAUUUGUCAGUAGAGGAUGAAUAAUAUAUUGCUGAGUAACAAUAUUUUAGUACAUCCUA